CGGUUUACUCUGAGCCCGUAUUUAAUUCCUGUAAACCUCCAGCUGCCGCCCUGCUUACUCACUGAACGCGACAGACUGCGGAGCGCUGCGGUUAUUAAUAAUUCACCAGCUCCUCUCCUCUCCGCUCCGCUCCGUUUCUCCGGCCGGGGCCGCGGGGACGAACCGCAUGCGCGCGUGCGUCCAGCCACGCCGCGUGUUUCCCUACUUUCCACACUUUGUUUACUCGGUUUCAGCUGCUCGGUGUCACUCACGCGUCUCCGCUGCUGGUAGGCUGAUUCCGCUCUGAUGUCUCUGAGGUCGGGACGGUGAGUUUGGUUUUGAGGCGCGCGCCCAAACCCCUGCCCCCACCCACCCAGCCUGCUUCUCUCCGCGGACUCUGAGGAACAGGUGGAGGAAGAACUGCGCGCUUUCGGAUCAGCAAAAUCGGCUCUGGACUGAGUUCAUUCAUGCAGGGAGGAGAAAAGCGUCCGAACCGGCAGCUGAGCGGCUGAGCGCGCAGGAAGCAGAAGGCUACUUACCGCCCGGUGUCGCCGCGCGGCGCUCCUCUCGUUCCGCGGACGGAGAACCGGUGAUCAGAGACCCGCGGAGUUGGAUGGAAGCGAUCUGAACCAGAGCAGAGACUCUCCGGAUGAAGAAAGCCGGUUCGGAUUAGUAAGGAGGAAAGUUGACCCGCAGACUCCCCCCUCCUCCCCUCCACCUCCCCCUCCCCAGCAUUGUAGAAUGUUUACCGGGCAGCAGGCCGAGCUUUAGGCCCAGCACAACAAGAACCAGGCACUUUUCUAUCUCCCACCUUUCCUUUUUUUUUCUGGAAGCUGAACUUUGGAAAGUGGAAAAUGGCUCUUUGAGAGUGUUGGCACAUUUCCCCACACCACCAUGGCAACGGAGUCUUUUCUGUUGAACGAAGAACCUUCCAGAGCUCCUGGGAUGCCUGAGUGCUACGUAGUGUCCGAUUCCUACAGGUAUUACCCCACUCACCUUCUAAACAAUGCCUUAGUGGAUGAAUUUCACCCCUUCAUCGAGGCCCUCCUCCCCCAUGUCCGUGCCUUUUCCUACACCUGGUUUAACCUGCAGGCCCGCAAACGCAAGUACUUCAAGAAGCACGAGAAGAGGAUGAGCAAGGACGAGGAGCGUGCGGUCAAGGACGAGCUGCUGGGCGAGAAGCCGGAGAUCAAGCAGAAGUGGGCCUCGCGCCUGCUGGCCAAGCUCCGCAAGGACAUCAGGCCGGAGUUCCGCGAGGACUUCGUCCUCACUAUCACGGGAAAGAAGCCCCCCUGCUGCGUGCUGUCCAACCCCGACCAGAAGGGGAAGAUCCGCCGCAUCGACUGCCUCCGCCAGGCCGACAAGGUGUGGCGGCUGGACCUGGUGAUGGUCAUCCUGUUCAAGGGCAGCCCCCUGGAGAGCACGGACGGCGAGCGGCUGGUCAAGUCGCCCCAGUGCUCCAACCACGGCCUGUGUGUCCAGCCGCACCACAUCGGGGUGACGGUAAAGGAGCUGGAUCUCUACCUGGCCUACUUCGUCCACACACCAGAACAAUCAGGACAAUCAGACAGUUCAAACCAGCAAGGAGACACAGACGUCAAACCCCCGGCUAAUGGCCACUUGAGUUUCCAGGACUGCUUUGUGACUUCAGGGGUGUGGAACGUGGCGGAGCUGGUCCGCGUGUCGCAGACUCCCGUGGCCACGGCGACAGGCCCAAACUUCUCCCUGGCAGACCUGGACAGCCCGGGCUAUUACAAUAUCAACCAGGUCACCCUGGGACGCCGUUCCAUCACCUCCACCCCCUCCACCAGGACUGAAAUGGAGCUUUAUGCAAGUCUCCCACGGAGCUCCAACAAGCGCAAGUCCAUCGAUGACAGUGAGAUGGAGAGCCCAGUGGAUGAUGUGUUUUACUCGGGCCGCUCCCCCGCGGCCGGCAGCAGCUCUCAGUCCAGCGGUUGGCCUAACGAUGUGGACGCAGUGCAGCACCAUUUGGCCAGUGUGCAGGAGAGGAAGAUUAAGCAUGAGAGCGAUGGAGUGCAGUUUCCUUACCAUGGACUCUCGUCGCCUGGUUCUCAUAAGAAGCUGGGGAAAUUCGAUUUCAGCGCCCUGUCCUCCCAGACGAGGUCCCCCCGCAUGGCGUUCACCCACCACCCACUGCCAAUGCUGGCGGGAGUGAGACCAGGGAGUCCCCGGGCUUCAGCCUCUGCCCUACACUUCCCAUCCCCCUCCAUCAUCCAGCAGUCUAGCCCUUACUUCACCCACCCCACCAUUCGCUACCACCACCACCCUGGACAGGACCCCCUGAAGGAGUUUGUGCAGUUCGUCUGUGCUGAUGGCUCAGGGCAGGCCUCCGGACAGCCGAACGGGAGCGGCCAGAGCAAAAUGCCAGGCUCCUUCUUGCUGCCUCCACCUCCCCCAGUGGCCCGCCCAGUGCCCCUCCCCAUGUCCGACUCUAAACCCAACAGCACGCCCCCAGACGGCGGACUCUCCUCGCCCGCAUCACCGUCAUACUCCACGCCAGGCGCCACAGCUCCCAACAGGUUUGUCGGCAUCGGAUCACGGGACAACAACUUUUUGAACAUCCCGCAGCAGACACAGUCUUGGUUCCUCUGACAAGAUAUGUGCACAAACCAGCAAAUAGAAAUCUUUCUUUACUAAUUAACACAAGAAGAAAAACAAGAACAGAUCAACAACCUGCAGGAAGACAGUAAUUGUCUAACCGACCUCUCACCAACCCGCCCUGACAGUACGUCUCAUCCGAUACGAAAUAUAACCCGAGCUACGCAGGAAAAUGACGCUUCUAGAGGAACACUGCACAUAUUCACGCAGUCAGAGGGAGGACCUGAUUGGAUGACGAGGGGAAAGGGAUGGACUCAUAGGAUGCUAGGAGGAAGAUGGAGGUGAAGGAGGACAGCGGUACGCAGGCCUCCUCACGCUACCGCCGUCCAGCGGCGAUGCGGGAGCAGCUAAAGGCCGCGGCAGCGGUCAGCUUCUCCCUGCUUUGUGAGCAAAUGGCUUAAAAUAAUCAACUGUCCAGCAAUUACAGAUUCAAGCGAGAACCCCCCACCCCCCCUUUGAUGUCAUCAUCGCCGUAUCGAAACCCAGUCGGCUCCUUUCACCCUGCGACCCAUAAGCAGGCGACCAUGCCAAACCAUCUCCAGAUUGAAAGUUGCACUACAAGCUGAAUCAGUCAACACUAACCCUAACAAUGUGCACUAUUUACCUACGAGGCAUGGGAGGAAAAACCACGCCGCCUAUACCGUUACGUUCUACGAAAAGGAGACAAACCACAGCCCACCAGAAGCCUUCACGUGUCCUCGACCCGCCACGGUUCAGCCCAGCCAAUCAGCGGCCUCCCCUCACUCUCACUAAGUUCUCAGUCUGUGUGCCAUGACUGCAGGAUUUUAUUUUCCCACUUUUCAACAUUAUAUUUCUAUAUAUAUAUAUAUAUAUAUAUAUGUAAAAGCUUUCCAUUUUUUUUUACCCGAUAAGCUCAGUAAAAUCCCUCCUCGCAUGACGCCAUCAGUGUCCAAGAUAGUGAGAAAUUUCACCGCUGUUGACAGCAGCUAUGAGUUCCCCUAUUCGACCUUUUUAUAAACGUAGAUGAACACUGACUAAUAUUCCCCCCUCGCCUGUUUGCUUAUUGGAAUCAACUCUUUUUUGGGGGGUUUGUACUGUUUUCUAAUUGUUUUUGUAUUUGAAUGGCAGCACCUUAAAGUUAAAGAAGAAGAAAUGAUAUGUUGAGGUAAAAAACACGGAACCCUUGAGAAACAGUAAGAAUUUGGGAAAAAUGUCCACCUGCUGCUUUAGAUGCGGAGAUUGGUAUUAACGCCUCGGGAAGCUACAGUGAGCAGCUGGUUAGAUUCUUUUUUAAAUGGUUUUUUGGUAGAGGUGCCACUCGGUUAACGAUUUUUCAGAUUUGUUAAGUCUUUCCAGAAGGAUCAAGAACAAAACUUCUCCACUGUCACUUUACCUGUAGGCGAGUUUAUCUGUUGAAGUGGGAAAAAAGUAUUCAACUAUUGAACCUAGUUAAAUAAACGGAGAUCGAUGGAUUUCAAUCAGUCGGCACUUUAUUUUCUUAUCUUUGCAGAGAGAGAACAGUUGAUCAUACAGCCCUUACGGCGCAGUAAUCAGCCCAGUUCUGCCUAGACAGUUUAUCUAAUUGAUGAAAAAACUGAGUCAAAACAAAUUAAACACACUUUAACAAACCUUGGGAAACAAUUUGGCUUUUCGUGGGAAUAAGUAGGUUUUUUACUAAAACCACCCCUCACUCAGACAUUUUCUCAGCCUUGCAGGUGAAGCAAACUGAGUAAAAACAUUUUUCACUGGAUAAAUAGCAUAACUAAAUAUAUGAGACAAGAUAAAUCUAAAUUUUCUGACCACACUGUUUUAUUUUGGUCUUUUUGCAGCCGGCAGUGACGACAUUGGAGGAUGAGUUUAAAGUUGGGGUGUAGAAAAACAAGAGGUUUUAAUUCUUAUUUAUUUUAUAGAAAAUCUGGAAAUGAUGACAAUCAGUUGCUUGAGAUAAAGGGAACAGAGCAUUAAAUACGUUUGACCUGCUAGUAAGAACUUUACUAAUUAAUUAGCACUAAAAUCUGAGGUAGUUUGAAACAAACACCAAGUUUCUACAGGUGUUAUUGCACUUUAAUUCACUCCACGUAUGCUUCAUAUUUUAGAGCUGCAGGUCCCACCUCCAUUUUUAAAUCCAACAUGGCUGACGUACAUAUUAAAAGUAGUUACAAACUGCUACUAUCUGCACCUGUGUCUGGUAGUAGAAAAGCUAACUGCGUAUAAUUGCGAAGCUUAAAGCAAAACGUAACAUUUAAACACUGUAAAAAAGUUCUAAUUAAAGUUGACGUCUUAAUUGGAAGUAAUACAUUUCUUGCCAUCUUUAUGUAGCUUAAAUUCAAAUUAGCUAGCCCCAAAGACUGAAGCUAACAGCUAGUCCAAGAAAAUUUUCAAUCCACUUGCUCCUAUAAAAUCAUUUCACAUUUUAUUAACCAUGCACUAGGAGAAAAAAGUUUAUUUUAUUCAUGUUUUAAAUGUUUAACCAAUUUAACAGGAGUUAUGGGAGAGAAAAAUAAUCUUACAGAAGGAAAUCAAUUGAGUUUUUUUAUAUGUAUGGGUAGAGAUAGAAAAUAUAAGUCAGUAUUUUAAAAUACAAAAGCACACAGUUGGGGACUUCAUUAAGAAAACCUUUGGCCAUUAGUUUGAUGCUGAUUUAUCUGAACACAUUCAAUAAAAAAGCUUUAUUUUACUUAUCAAAAUAGGUAAAGAAUCUAAAAUUUGCCUCUUUAAUAUUCAACCUUCAGUUGGAAGCAGUGCGUCCCCAAUUAUCUUCCUGACUGAAAUGCAAACUUAAAAAGGAACAUGUUGGAAAAUUCUGAAAAUAAAUUGUAUAUGUAUAUAUAUAUCAAAUUUUGGUUGAAGUGAACUGUGUUACAUAUUCUAGAUAAAUGUUUUACGCGGACUCUGCUAUUGCCUCUACAAACAUAAUUUUUUUAUUUCAUUAAUCAAAAGAGGUGCAGAUUAAAGGUCAUCUCUACCAUUCUAAAACAACUACCGUCUAAAAACUUUUUAUUCCGGCUUUAAACUAGUUAUUUUGUGGCGUACAAAAAAAUGAAGUCAGAGGCUGUGCAACACCAAUUAUCUUCCUGACUGAAAUGAACACUGAAAACGGAACAUUUCUGAUAUUAAAUUAUAUAUUAAAUUAUAAAAAGCAAAAACAUUCAAGAUAAAUGUUAAACUUAGGCUCUGGUAAUGCUUUUAUAAUGGUAAACAUUACUUAUUUAUUUCAUUAAUCAAAAGUGGUCAAAAUUAAAGUAUAUUUCCGCUGUUCUAAUAGAACUCUAAUCUCUUUUUUUCCGCCUUAAAGGUGUUUUAUAAAGAAAAGGACGUGCAUCCCUAAUAAUGCUCCUGAGUGAAAAACACAAAACAGAUAAUUGUUAAAAGUAACAACCUUAUGUUAGGAAAGACAAGCUGUAUUUUACUUUGAUUUUUAUGUUCUGUUUUGCGUCAAAUAGUCACUAUUAAACACAGGCUGAUCCAUUGUGACGGACUUCCUCCUAACUCUACUUCACAGCUAAAUGGUGUAAAUAACCACUAAGUUUAAAUCUGCAGAUUUUUAACAAGUUCUUAGCUUAAUUUUUGGGUAAAUAACUGAGGUAUAUCUGAGACUGAUAUAGCUGAAGGUAGUUCCUAGAACCUCUUGGACUAGUUUUUAGCCUCUUGGACAGCGAGACCAAAUUUAUACUAAUUAAAGACGCCAGGAUUAGUUUCCCUUUUAAUCAGAUUUGAUUUCAUUCUAUCAUACAACUUUAAAGCUUAAAGGAUGGUCUGUGAACAGUUUAAAACACAUUAAAUCUAAAGCUGCCAGCUGUAGCUUCCUGUUGAGGUUAUCACUUUUCUCAUCCAGCAAUCAAAGAAGCAUAUUAACCCAAAUGGUAAUUUUAUUGACAUGGUUUAAUUGUUUUACUACCGGAAGGCCCUUUACUCUAGGAAAAAAAAAAAAAAGUUUGGUUUUGACAAUCAGAGGAUUUUUUUAUUUAUUUCUGGGGACAGACGAGCUGAACCAACUAGAUUUUUUUAAAAGGCACCUACUCCAUCCGUUCCUCCUGUAAGUUUAUCCUUUUGUUUACACUCCCAGACAGGCUGCUGCUCCAAGAGCUGAACGCCACACUGCGGAGCAAAAUAAACACGUCACAUUUCUG